AAAACAUGACAACUGUUCAGACAAAAAAACAACUUCUUUUUGGUGAAUGAUCAUUAUAAAAUGCCUUUUAUUGAUGGAUACUCAAUCACCACAUUAUUAUGCAUGUGACCUUAUAUUGAAAAGGUCAUCUGGAAGUAGAUUAUAACAGUGUUUUAUAACCAUUGUAUUUAGUCAAGUAUGAUCACCAAGUUAACCAGUGGAAUGGAAAAAGAAGGAGUUCGCAAAGAUUUUAUUGCGGACUUUGUUGACUCCCUGAUGGAAACCAGAAAGAAGAGUUUAGAGUAUUGUCAGUUCCCUGGUUUUAGACAUGGUGAAUUGAUAGAGUUACCAGGGCAACUAGAAUCUCCACCCAUAUUACAUAGAGUAACUAAAGCACAGGAUUUUAAUCCUGGGUUUAAGAAGUUUUGGAAGAAGUUAUUUUUGUCAGAGGCCUCUGUUGCUGUGAUGCAGGACACAUUCUGGUGGUUCUUUUUGAAUAAGUUUGAUACCAGUAAACCAAUAGACAAGAACUUGUUGUAUGACAGAAUUGCUGACAGUUAUGUUGCUUUGUUUACAAGUAUAAAUGAAGAUGUCAAGGAUAAAUUUCUAAUGGCGUAUCCAGAUUGUCUAGCUCAAGCAGUAUUUUCAGCAUACUGGGAGGCCUUCCCAGAGUCAAGGUCAAAAUUUGAUGAUAGUUUACGACAAGACCUUAUCAACACCAUUAGUGAAUGGACUACUGGUGUGAAGCCUGUGCCAGGAACUCACAAACAAUGGAAAGUACGAAGAUUACAGUCUAAACCUCCUAAAGGUCUCGAGAAAGAGAACACAAAAACUGCCGAGCAGAUGAUGCAAGCUGCUGCACUAAAUAAAAAAUUGGACUAUUCACUGGAUGUUGAUACAUUUGCGAAGAUGGUAGAUCGUCUAGGAACAGAUCAGGUAUCAUAUGGAGUUACUCCCCCUGGAAUGACUCGUGACCUGACUAGAAUGACCUAUGCCUCAUCACAGGUUCCAACUACAAUAUCUCAAUCAAGACUGGCCACAGCUGGAACAGACCACAAGAAAAGACAUGAGUCACAUCAAAUUGGCCCUGGACCUACGUAUGAACGAGUUAAGUUCAAUACUCAAGGUCGCAGUCCUCUGAUAUCACAUUAUCUUCACCUGCGUAAACUGAAGGAUCUUCAUCAACCAGGGAAGAAAGUGAGACGUACAGAGAUAGUUAAACUACCAUCACCUGGACCAACUUAUAAAGAAUUGAUACAAAAUACACUAGCCAUGACUGAUGCUCUCAGUAAAGAAUAUCAGAAAAUAUGUGAUCAGACAGACCAGGAGAUCUAUGAACUAGAGAAGAAACAGAGAGAUACAAACAGAGAAUUUAACAACCUUACCAAGGAACUUAUGUUCACAAAAAAUCCUGUUGAUCUUAGAAUACUUAGUGAUAAAAUUAUUGGACUGAGGCAACAUAGUGAAUAUUAAGGAGAAAGAUAGAGAGACACCUUUACUAAAGGAAGAUAAGACUCACCCACAAACGCAGGAAAAUGAUGAAAGUGAUGAUGAUUUUGAUGGCACUGAUGAUGAUCAAGAUGUGUAGAUAAUCAUCAUGGUAAUAAUUAAAGUGAAUAUGAUGCUACAGAGCCAUGAUGAUGCUGUUGUCAAUAGAGUGUGGUGGCCUUAGUAUAUUGUUUUGAAAUGUAUUUGAUAAAAUAAAAACGAUGUUGCUUUGAAUUUAUAAAGUUUUAUAAUAAGACAUAGAUUAAUAAGAUGUGAAACAUAUCUCUUCUACACCAUUUUCUGUAUUAGAUCAUUUUGUCAUUAUUUAUCUUGUCGGAAAAAAAAGUUUCUUGGUUUGUUAUUGGCAUAUGUAAGAUAUUCUAGAUGUUGUUCUCUGAAUUUGUUUUUUGUUGUUUUACUGCAUAGUACCACAUAAGUAAACCAACUGGAGUGGAGAAUAAAAAGCUAACUUUAAACCGCAUUUUUCAUGAACCAAACAUCAAAUCUUUAAAAAACUUAGUUUACUUAAUAUAUGAUACAAGAGCUUUCUUUUGCACAUUUUACGUGCAUUUAAAGAUUCAUACCCCUGUCUGAGAAGAAAGAUAUCCACCAUGAUAAUCCUAUUUUGAAAGUUAAACUCCAUACAUAAUUUACUUGCUUUUCCUGGCAAUGUAAUUAUACGAAUAUAUUAUGUAGGUAUAUGUCUACUGGUAGUUGUCAAAAAUAGUACCAUGUAAAGAUAAAAUGUGCUUACUGUGCAAAUAUUACUGUCUAGCCAGAUCUAGCUGUGAGAUUUUGAUUUAUCCAGGGAAAUAUAGAUGUUUCAAUAUAGCAGGUUUGGGAUUGGUAAACAGUCGUAAGAAAUUGGAUGCUUUAAUUUGUAUCCCGUCUCCCCAUAUAAUAUACAUCAAGAUGCCUUAUAAGUAGCAAUAAAUGUUUUUGCAUGGAGACCUGUCUAAUGAAAUACAUUUUUAUGGCUAUGAAGCAGAAUUAAGCAAGAGACAUUUUGAUAACUUCAAGAUCCAUGCCUUAUUUGAUUACUGUGUCUAUAUUUAUUGAGCUUCUGUAUAUUCAUUAUGUGCAUUGUUUUCUUGUAUCAGUUUAAAUCAAGUCAAACAAGCAUCAUUUUUUCCUUGUCCAAAAAAACUUCUUUUUUUUUCAAUUUCUGUUUCUGUAUAACUACAUAAUAAAUGUGUACACCUUGACUUACAUUUAGACAAAAUGUUCUUCAUUUGUAAAUACUGACAAAUGGAAUUGCUUAAAUAUGCUCACAAAAUAAACUUUGAAUAUUCUCUAAAAUUGAACCUUGUUUUUGGUACAUGAAAAUCUUUCACAUUUUAUAAAAAUAGGAAACUUUGCAAUAUUUAGCAUAUUUUUUAUUGAUUUGUAGUUAAACAUAUUCAUAACACUGAAUUAACUUUAUAUUAAAGUAAUAUUUGUUUGACUGUAAUAAAAUGUCUGUGAUAUUUUUUUAAAUAAAGAUAGUUGCCAA